AUGAAAAUAUGCUACUAUGAGUUGUUAGAUGUUCAGCCCAGCGCCAACGAUAACGAGUUAAAAAAGGCAUACCGCAAGAAAGCCUUGCAGUAUCAUCCUGAUAAGAAUCCAGAUAACAUUGAUGAAUCUACCCAGAUAUUCGCCAAAAUACGAGCAGCUUAUGAGGUUCUAUCAGAUCCCCAAGAGAGAGCGUGGUAUGAUUCACAUAAACAGCAAAUAUUAAGCGACGAUGCAGUUCCCGAUGAUGGCUCUUUUGAUUGCGAGGUAGAUGCAUCCGUUACUGGAGUCACAACGGAUGAGCUACUCAUGUUUUUCAACUCUGCAUUGUAUACAAAGCUCGACGAUUCACCAGCAGGAUUCUUUCAGAUAGCCGGUAAAAUUUUCGCCAGGUUAGCAAAGGAUGAAGUCUCUGCAGGUCAAAGAGGCGGCUUGACAAGCUUUGAUAAAUAUGAGGAUAUUAGUCUAGAACAAGACAUUGGGACACUAGGUUACAUACUGGCCUGUGAAAGGCAUAUAACUAACCUCAAAAAUACACCCGAAUGUAAUUUAUUUCCACCUUUUGGCCAUUCGAAAACUGAAUACGAAUAUUUGAAGGUGUUUUAUAAAACAUGGUCAAAGUUCAGUACGUUGAAGAGCUUCAGUUGGAAAGACGAAUAUAUGUAUUCACAAAAUUAUGAUCGUAAAACGAAAAGAGAAAUUAAGAAGAGAAACGAAAAGGCCAGGCAAUCUGCAAAGAGUGAGUAUAAUAAAACUGUGAAAAGAUUUGUUACCUUCAUAAAAAAACUUGAUCAAAGAAUGAAGCAUGGUUCGAAAAGAGCCCAAGAAUUGAAACGAACUGAACAACGACUGAAGCAUCAAGAGCUGAAGGCGGCUUAUAUAGCAGAUAAAAGAGAUAAAGAAAGGCGGGAAUUUGAGAUGCAGAGUUGGCAAACAAUUAAUGAAGUGAAUUUUGAUGAGCUGGAUAAAACUUAUGACGAAAUUUAUAAAGGAGGAAACGAGCACGAGAACGAGAAUUCUUCUCAAGAUGAGAUCAUAAUAUAUGAGUGUUUUCUUUGUAAUAAAAAGUUUAAAUCUGAGAAACAACUAGAUAACCACACCAAAACAAAACUGCACAAAAAAAACCUAUGGGAGAUUCGAGAAGAAAUGAGGGAAGAUAGCAUGACAUUGGGACUUGACGAACUAUCCGGGUUGGAUGACUUCGAUUCGGCUGCGGAGUCUAUUCGCAACUCUGACACCGAGAGCGAUAACUUGGCGGAAAAUGCUGAUCUAGCUUUAGAUAACAUCAACGACCAGCUGGCUUAUAUUGAGGAACAAUUGGCCAAUAUGAAUUCCUCUAGUGAAGAUCUAUCGGACGACGACGUAGGAAGCGAAAUACCAGAAUCUUCUACAAGUGCAUCUAGAGAUCCUUCGGGCUAUUCUUUCAGCGAAGCUAGUAGUGAUGACGAGCUAGCUAGAUUACUUGCGUCACUCAAUGGCACGAGCAAAGACAAUAAGGAUAAUGACAAAAAUGUCCACCAGAGUGAUUGGAACAACGACAAGAGAACGAACUCAAAAAAGAGUAAGCGUAAAGGUGGUAACGCAAAAAAAUCUCAAGAAUCCACAAAUGUAACCGGUGAGACAUGCGAAACAUGUGGCCAUAGUUUUGAAAGCAAAAACAAGCUAUUUAAGCAUGUCAAUGUUUCUGGCCAUGCAGCACUGAAGUCUAAAGUAAAAACUAAAUCAAAGAAGAGCAAAAAAAGAUGA